AUGUCCGCAGUUGCCAUGUCUAGGCCUGACCUUCCCAAGACUGUAUGGGAAGAGAAGGCUCCUACCACCAUUUGCAUGCCCUCUGCAAGUGCUGGAAAGAGCACUGCCAGUCAAGAUGCUGAUAUUGAGAUUGAGGAUGUCACUGUAGAACUUCACCAGGAUAAAGAGGAUAUGUUUGUAGCUGGCACUGAGGAAGAAGUUGACAAUGAGGAUUCUGAUGGUGAUAUGUUCCUUCAGGGAUCUCUUCUGUUCUCAGUAGUGUUAUGUCUGGUGUCUUGUUUUCCUCAACCAUUUAAUUACUGGCGAGAAAUUCCAGGAGUUCCAGACACUCCAAAUUCACAUGUGCUUCCCAGUGUAGAUACAGUUCAGAAGACAAGUGAUGGAAUCCAUGAGAAAACUGGUCUGCAAGCUCUCCUGCCAAUGUUUGGAGGAAAUAAACUACCUACAACUGAUGUAAAGGAUAUCCUAGCACUACCUAAAGGAGAUUUAGGUGUACAAGGUGUUAUUGGCGACAAAUCAAGCUUACCAAAUGUAGGACUUCCAGAUGUGCCCGCUGUUUCAGUUCCAUCUGCACAACUGCUUGAUCUAAACAGACGUAUUAACAGGCUGGAAGCAGUACUGAAACUGGAAGGAAGAAUUCAAGAGGCUGGAGAAAAGAUAAUGGCCACCAAUGGAAAGCAAGUGGAUUUUGAAACAUCUGCAACCACCUGUAAAGCUGUUGGUGGACAUAUUGCUACUCCCAUGAAUGAAGCAGAGAACAAUGCCAUCAUGGAAUUUGUGAAAAAACGUAAUAGCUAUGCAUACCUGGGAAUCAAAGAGGGGGCAGUGCCUAACACCUUUAAUUACUUAAAUGGUAUUCCUGUAGUUUACACUCAUUGGGGGAAAAAUGAACCAAGUGGCAAAGGACAGGAAAGUUGUGUUGAAAUGUACACAGAUGGUACAUGGAAUGACAAGGCUUGUAAUCAAAAACGACUUACCAUCUGUGAGUUAUAAAUAUCCAGAAGUUUAGGUCUAGAAUAACGAUCAUUAUAGUGUGCAAGUUAGAAAGGGAUUAAUGUAUGCUGCAUGCUUAAUCUGGGCAGGUAUUUAAAAUAAAUUUAAAUAAUA